AUGGAGCCCUCUAGAAACUCCGUACCGGAGAGCCGGCAGCGGACCGGCCUGGGCCGUUGCCGGCAUUUUUUUUGGCUGGGCGUCGUCUUCGACACGGUGGGUGCGACGGUGUUGUUCACGGGGGUCUUCUCCGACCUGCUCUUCUACGACCUGCUGCUCUACCUGGGUUCCAUCAUCAUCUUCCUCAGCCUCCUCUGGUGGGUCUUCUGGUACACCGGCAACGUCAAAUUGAGUCCUGAAGAGGCCUUGAAGGCCGUCCACGUGCCUUCCGCCGUCACGAUGGACGCGGAAAACCGGCCCAUUAGCUCGUACUGGUCAUUGUCCUUAAACGUUACCACCACCCUGGCGCGGAUCCGGCGAGGGCAGCGCCGCAGGAGGAUGCUCCAAAGGACCGCUUCUGUUCUGAGUUCGACCAUCUUAGGCCGGAUACGAAAACGGCGAUCAGAGGAAGAACCAGACAAAAACGAAAUGAAAAAUGUCGAGAGUGGUGGUGCUGAAGACGUUGACGGAGAGGAUCUGCGCCCGGAACCGGAAGCAGUUCGCUCCCCAGGCCCUGAUGCCGGGACUUUGGACCUCGAGUCUGAACAUCUAUCGACCCAUCCGGGGCAGCCAGAGCUCACUUCAUCUCCUGUGGACCGGCCUCCGCCUCCCGCCAUUGUUGCCUCUAAGAGCCUGCCUGUGGACUGUUUGUCCUCUGCCCGUCAGCCUCUAGCUGUUGUUGAUUCUAAGAACCAGCCUGUCGUUUCCUUGGCCUCUACGAGACAGCCUCUAGCCGCUCUUGCCUCUAGAAACUUGCCUGCUGUCCCCUUGUCAUCUACAGGUCAGCCUCUGGACACCCUGUCCUCAAAAAUGCACACUGCAGCCUCUGUGGCCCCGCGGAGCUACCCCCUGGCGUCUGUGGCUGCACAGAGCCAUUUCCAGAAUCUUUCUCCCUCACAGAACGAUUUCCAGAAUCUUUCUCUGGCCUCUCAAACUCAGCCUCCACCUGUACAGGCUCCCCAAACCCAGGCUCUGGCCACCCAGGUCUCUCUGGUCCAGCUUCAGCCAGCCUCAUCUUCUGUGACCCAACCUGUGGACUUAAAGGUCACUCCAAAUGUACAUGACUUUCAAUCCCUGUGUUACACCCAACAGGCCUCUUGUAGCGCUGCUUUAGUUCAAGAGCUUGCAAUCAGCCAAUCUUCCCAUGCCCAGGAGCCACCGGCAGGCCAAGAACUAAGCCAGGAAGUCCCUGGUACUGUAUCCUCUCUUCCCAGGUCCCUGGCUCUAGCUACCAAGGGCCAGGAGUCAAUGCCCCAUGAGAGUGUGCCUGCCCCUACCACUGAGAACCGUCAGCAUCUCUAGUACAGAGCC